CUGAUGCAGGUGGAGGAGAAAGGCACGGGCUCUGUGCCCUGGUCUGUGUACGGAGCCUACAUCCAAGCGUCUGGGGGCCCCGUGGCCUUCCUGCUCAUCCUGGCUCUCUUUGUGCUCAACGUGGGCAGCACUGCCUUUAGCAACUGGUGGCUGAGCUACUGGAUCAAGCAGGGCAGCGGGAACACGUCUGUGGUGCUGGGCAAUGACACGGUGCUGAGUGACAGCAUGAAGGAUAACCCCCACAUGCAGUACUACGCCAGUAUCUACACCCUCUCCAUGGUCCUCAUGCUGCUUCUGAAGUUUGUGCGUGGGAUUGCCUUUGUCAAGGGAACCCUCAGGGCCUCCACCAGACUCCACGACGAGCUGUUCCGUAAGAUUCUACGCAGUCCCAUGAAGUUCUUUGACACAACCCCUGUAGGACGCAUUCUCAACCGCUUCUCAAAAGACAUGGACGAAGUGGACACCCGGCUGCCCUUCCAGGCUGAGAUGUUCAUUCAAAAUGUCAUCCUGGUGGUCUUCUGCCUGGGCGUCAUCGGCUACGUGUUCCCCUGGUUUCUCGUGGCAGUCGGGCCCCUGUUCAUCCUCUUUAUCAUCCUGCACAUUGUCUCCAGGGUUUUCAUCAGGGAGCUGAAGCGUCUGGAUAACAUCACCCAGUCUCCCUUCCUGUCACACAUCACCUCCAGCAUCCAGGGGCUCACCACUGUCCAUGCUUAUGACAAGGGAGCAGAGUUCCUGCACAGGUACCAGGAGCUGCUGGAUGAUAACCAGGCUCCCUUCUACCUGUUCAACUGUGCCAUGCGCUGGCUGGCAGUGAGGCUGGACAUCAUCAGCGUGGCUCUGAUCAGCAUUACAGGCCUCAUGAUCGUUCUCAUGCACGGGCAGAUCCCUCCAGCAUAUGCAGGACUCGCCAUCUCCUACGCAGUGCAGCUUACAGGCCUCUUCCAGUUCACUGUGCGGCUAGCCUCGGAGACAGAGGCUCGAUUCACUUCUGUGGAGAGAAUAAACCAUUAUAUAAAGUCUCUAGCUCUGGAGGCACCAGCCCGCAUUAAGAACAAGGCUCCCCCCAAGGACUGGCCCCACAAAGGGGAGAUCGUCUUUGACAACACUGAGAUGAGGUACCGAGAGAACCUGCCCCUGGUUCUCAAGAAAGUCUCCUUCACCAUCAGGGCCAAGGAGAAGAUUGGCAUCGUGGGACGAACAGGCUCAGGGAAGUCCUCUCUGGGUGCGGUUCUGUUCCGGCUGGUGGAGCCCUGUGGCGGAUCCAUUAAGAUCGACGGGGUCAACAUCAAUGAGAUCGGGCUGGCAGACCUGCGCAGCAAGCUCUCCAUCAUCCCCCAGGAGCCUGUGCUGUUCAGCGGCACUGUCAGAUCGAACCUGGACCCCUUCAAACAGUACAAUGAGAAGCAGGUCUGGGACGCCCUGGAGAGGACCCACAUGAAGGAGUGUAUUGCUCAGUUGCCCCUGAAGCUGGAAUCGGAGGUGUUGGAGAACGGGGAGAAUUUCUCGGUGGGAGAGAGGCAGCUGCUGUCUGUGGCUCGAGCUCUGCUUCGCUGCUGCAAGAUUUUGAUCCUGGACGAAGCGACGGCGGCUAUGGACUCGGAGACAGACUCUCUAAUCCAGGAGACAAUCCGCGAGGCGUUCGAGGACUGCACCACGCUGACCAUCGCCCACCGCCUGCAGACUGUGCUGAGCUGUGACCGCAUCAUGGUGCUCAACCAGGGAGAGGUUGUGGAAUUUGAUGAGCCCUCCACCCUUUUAGCCAAUGAAAACUCUCGAUUGUGCGCCAUGCUGGCUGCUGUGGAAAACAAGAUCACAGUGAAGGGCUGAAGGGCAUGAACCCAGCGGAGCAGAAACACGACAGAAUGAGAAGGACCCUGUGUACCCGGGAAUGGAAACCUUUCUCUUGCCAGUAGAGCGGAUUCCUGACCCUGAGACUCUGCACAGCCUUGUCAUGCCCUCCUGUUAGACCCUGCGAAGUGGGCGGGUGUUGUGUGUGUGUGUGUGUGUGUGUGUGUGUGUGUGUGUGUGUAGAGGAGGGACCCCCAAAUCUCGUCAUGACACAGACUUCUGUUUAUAGAGCAAACUGUUUUUCUUCCAUGUUUUAAUACUAAAUGCACUCCUAUAAAUUAAUGUGGUUCAGGGAACCGUAGAUAUAAAAAAAAAAAAAAAAAGCAUAAUCCAUGUAUCUAUAGAUACACACACACACACACACACACACACACACACAAUGUAUGUAUAUAGAAUAUAUAUAGAUUACUGUAACAAUGUAGUUUUAUUUUGUACUUUUUCAUUUGUGUACUGUGUUUUCACAGCGAUGACUUUUUACCAUGUACUUGUACAGUCCUACUGUACAGGAAUGUGUUUACUAAAAGCCCGCAAGAGGCAGGUUUUAUGUCCUGCUCGACAGUCUUUUCUUUUCUAUAUCCCCAGGCUUGUUACCUUGCUUCUGAAAUAUUACUGUCUGUCAUCAUGCUGUUUCGAAUGUCCUUCAUCACAUGCCAGGGGGCAGUGCAUUUGAAAUGUUUCCUUUGCUGCAGGCACUUGUCUUAUUUCUGGAACAAUCAGACAACCAAUGGGAGAUAUGACUAGUACCCAGGAGGGUCAGCUGGACUGGGGCAAGAGAAGGGAGGUGGGGUUUUGGGGUUCCUGUAUGCUCCACUGGUACUGGGGCACAUGGAGAAAGUAGGAGUUGCCCCUUCUCCCUUAGUUUAAAGAUCACCGUGUGUGUGUGUGAUUUUUUAAAUUUUUUUUUUUUAUUUUUAUUUAUUUUUUUAAUCCUGGCUUGCGGUCGGGUUUGUGCUCAGAGGAGGUAUUUCAUCACAUUCCCUGGCUCAACAGCAGCUGUUUAAUUAGGGCAAUCCUGUCUGUUUAAUAUUACAGCAGUAUGCCAUGCAGUGGAGCACUUUCUCUGUGUCCUGCUAAGAAGCGUGACUCAAUCUAGUGGCAUUUCGGGUGUGACUUUGCUGGGUCUUUGCUGUAGAGCCUUGUGCAGUUAUCCAAUAAUCUGUUUAAUUUUGAUGUUGCCACUUUUUCGGUGCAGAGCUGUUCAUUGAAACCUCAGCAUUGGGUUACACUGUCAUCUGCUGGUGAUCACAACUAGAAUAGUGAUGGCUUUCUGGGACAGUCUGUGGUGCAAGUUUGACUUCCGUUGACACUUUUGAUAGCCUUAGCAUGACUGCAUACAUGCACUGUAGAGGGAAAAGUGGGAACACGGGAGAGAGGAAAGCUAUAAAAUGUUUAAUAAAACUAUUUUUGAGUUUA